AUGGAGGGCGAGUGCGGGAGCCCGUGGGCCCUGGGGCUGCUGCGCACCUUCGAAGCGGGCGAGUUCGCGGGCUGGGAGAAGGUGGGCUCGGGAGGCUUCGGCCAGGUGUACAAGGUGCGCCACGUCCACUGGAAAACGUGGCUGGCCAUCAAGUGUUCGCCGAGCCUGCACGUCGACGACAGGGAGCGCCUCGAACUCUUGGAGGAAGCCAAGAAGAUGGAGAUGGCCAAGUUUCUGUACGUGUUGCCUGUGUACGGCAUAUGUCGGGAGCCCGUGGGCCUGGUCAUGGAGUAUAUGGAGACAGGCUCGCUGGAGAAGCUGCUGGCCACCCAGCCGCUGCCCUGGGAGCUGCGUGUCCGCAUCACGCAUGAGACCGCGGUGGGCAUGAACUUCCUGCACUGCAUGUCCCCACCCCUCCUCCACCUGGACCUCAAGCCGGCCAACAUCCUGCUGGAUGCCCACUACCACGUCAAGAUUUCUGACUUCGGGCUUGCCAAGUGCAACGGGCUAUCCCACUCUCACGACCUCAGCAUGGACGGGCUCUUUGGAACCAUCGCCUACCUCCCUCCAGAGCGCAUCCGUGAGAAGAACCGGCUCUUUGACACCAAGCAUGACGUGUACAGCUUUGCCAUCGUCCUCUGGGGGGUGCUUACCCAGAAGAAACCGUUUGCAGACGAGAAGAACAUUCUGCACAUCAUGGUGAAGGUGGUGAAGGGCCACCGCCCCGAGCUGCCCCCUGUCUGCAGGCACCGGCCUCGCGCCUGCAGCAACCUGAUCCGCCUCAUGCAGCGGUGCUGGCAGGACGACCCAAGAGCAAGGCCCACCUUCCAAGAGAUUACCUCCGAAACCGAGGACCUGUGUAAAAAGCCUGACGACGAAGUGAGAGAACCGGCUCCAGACCUGGACGGCAAACGUUCCCCUGAGCCCAAGAGCGAGGCGAUGCCCAUGUCUACGCCUCUCAAGCGCGCCUCGGCCCCAGCCUUUGACAACGACUACAGCCUCUCGGAGUUGCUGUCGCAGUUAGACUCUGGGGUCUCUCAGACCAUUGAGGGCCCUGAGGAGCUCAGCCGCAGCUCCUCGGAGUCCAAGCUGCCCUCGACGAGCAGCGGCAAAAGGCUCUCGGGGGUCUCCUCGGUGGAUUCCGCCUUCUCGUCCAGAGGGUCACUGUCCUUGUCAUUCGAACGCGAGCCUUCGACGGGUGAUCUCGGCACGAUGGAUAUUCAGAAGAAGAAACUGGUGGAUGCCAUCGUGUGUGGGGACACCAGCCGGCUGAUGAAGAUCCUGCAGCCCCAGGACGUGGACCUGGUCCUGGAGGGCAGUGCCAGCCUCCUGCACCUGGCCGUGGAGGCCGGCCAGGAGGAGUGCGUCAAGUGGCUUCUGCUCAACAACGCCAACCCCACGCUCACCAACCGGAAGGGCUCCACGCCCCUGCACCUGGCCGUGGAGCGGAAGCUGCGUGGGGUCGUGGAGCUGCUGCUGGCCCGCAAGAUCAGCGUCAAUGCCAAGGACGAGGACCAGUGGACGGCGCUACACUUCGCCGCUCAGAACGGCGACGAGAGCAGCACGCGGCUGCUGUUGGAGAAGAAUGCGGCCGCCGACGAGGCGGACUGUGAGGGCCGCACGCCUGUGCACGUGGCCUGUCAGCACGGCCAGGAGAGCAUCGUGCGCAUCCUGCUGCGCCACGGGGUGGAUGCCGGCCUGCAGGGCAAGGACGCCUGGGUCCCGCUGCACUAUGCUGCCUGGCAGGGCCACCUGCCCAUCGUGAAGCUGCUGGCCAAGCAGCCGGGUGUGAGUGUGAAUGCCCAGACAGUAGAUGGGAGGACGCCUCUGCACCUGGCCGCCCAGCGGGGCCACUACCGUGUGGCCCGCAUCCUCAUCAGCCUGCACUGCGACGUUGGCAUCUGCAACCAGCUCUCCCAGACGCCCCUGCACGUGGCCGCCGAGACGGGCCACACGAGCACCUCGCGGUUGCUGCUGCACCACGGUGCUGACAAGGAGGCACUGACUGCCGAGGGCUGCACGGCCCUGCACCUGGCUGCCCGCGGUGGACACCUUGCCACCACCAAGCUGCUAGUGGAGGAGAAGGUGGAUGUGUUGGCCCGUGGGCCAUUGAGCCAGACAGCGCUUCACCUGGCCGCCGCCUCUGGACACUGGGAGGUGGUGGAGGAGCUGGUCAGUGCUGACAGCAUCAACCUGUCUGAUGAGCGGGGCCUCAGUGCGCUGCACCUGGCCGCCCAGGGCAAGCACGCCAAGACGGUGGAGGUGCUCCUCAAACACGGUGCCUACAUCAACCUUCAGAGCCUCAAGUUCCAGGGCGGCCAGCAGCCGGGCGGGGACCCUGGCCAGAGCUCUGCGUCCACGCUCCUCCUGAGGAAUAAGACUUAGCCUGUGCCCAUGAAGUCCGGGCGAAGGUCGGGGGCUCCUGCCCCAUCAUUGUGUUCUGCUGCGGGGACAGAACGGUGCCGCGCUGGGUGGCUGCACUUUCCUUGUCGGGGUCCAGCUGAAACACCGGACAAGGGACGAGACAGCAUCGGGGUGUGCAGGCAAGAGGGAGGGGGCCCCCAGGGUCUCUGUGCUGUGCCUGCCUCUGCCUAGGCCUGCUCCUCUCCAGCGCAGCGGGCUGCCCUGCUCUUGGCUGGUCAGCAGGCCUGGGCCUGGCAGGGAGGAUGGGUCGGAAUCAUUUCGUUGUGCUCCUGUUUCUCAUGGUUCCCUGACGCUGGGGCCUCGGUGACAAAGUCACCGGUGAGCUUGAGUGUGCUCUGUCACAGAGGGGCACCCCCUCUGGUUGGGGAGGGGAGCACCCCAGUAUUGGAGUGAAGAGGUUGAGGAAGAGCUGUGUGGUUUACCUUCAUCUAAAGCAGCAGGCAAAGAGGCCUGUUGUGUGAAAUUCAUAGUGAAGUUCUUGUUUUAUACAAUGCCUUGGAUAGAGGACCAUCCUAUUGACGGCUGCUUUAAAUCUGUCAAAGUGUCAUGACAUUGGUAGUCUCCGCCGUAAAGGACAUGGAUAAAGAACAAGGGUCAUUCCUCCUGGAGAAAAAGAAAGAGACCCAACAAAGACCUUACGGCUCAUUAUUUGCGAAUUUGUCCUCUGGGUG